GCCGCGCUGGGUCCGAGCCGCUGCUCGGCGCUCGCCGGGAGAGGCGGAAGCGGCGGCGGGCGGGGAGCGGCCGCGGGUCGCGUGCACUCCUGUGCAGCAGGAUCCGCUGCCAUGAGCCUGCUGCACAGUGACAGCAGCUGUGGAGCCCGAGACGUGGAGAGCGGCUGCUGUGCAGCCAUGGCCAGCGCCUGCAGCGCCGGAGCCAAGGAGGAGAGCUCCAGUGUGGGCAGUGGCACUGGCAACACGCCCAGCUCCUUCACGGAAGAAACRCAAGGAUACGACGUGGAGUUUGAUCCGCCACUGGAAAGUAAAUAUGAGUGUCCAAUCUGUUUGAUGGCUCUGCGGGAAGCAGUGCAGACACCGUGUGGCCACCGUUUCUGCAAAGGCUGCAUUGUCAAAUCAAUAAGAGAUGCAGGUCACAAAUGUCCUGUAGACAAUGAAAUUCUGCUUGAAAAUCAACUUUUUCCUGACAACUUUGCCAAACGGGAAAUCCUUUCAUUAACGGUUAAGUGUCCCAACAAGGGCUGCAGUAUGAAGAUGGAGCUCAGGCACUUAGAGGACCAUCAGCUGCAGUGUGAUUUUUCCACUGUGGAAUGCCUGCAGUGCCAAGGAACCUUCCCGAAGAACUAUCUGAAAGAACACAUGACCCAGGAGUGUCCGAGGCGUCAAGUGUGUUGCCCCAACUGUGCCACAUCUAUGGCCUAUGAAGAUAAAGAGCUUCAUGACCAAACCUGCCCACUUGCCAAUGUAUUUUGUGAAUAUUGCAACACGGUGCUCAUCAGAGAGCAGAUGCCUAACCAUUAUGACAAUGACUGUCCUACUGCCCCAGUGCCGUGUUUUUACAGUGCCUUUGGGUGUCCUGAAAAGAUGCAGAGGAAUGAACUGGCACGACAUAUGCAGGAGUUCACUCAGGUUCACAUGAGAAUGAUGGCUCAGAGUUUUCAGAAUAUCAGUGUUACUGCUGCAAAYCCUGUACCCUUCCUCAAUGGCCUACGCUUUGAGCCUCCCCUCUUCUCACAUGUGUCACAUGCUGCAUAUGACUGCAAUCCRGAAGUGGAAAACUUCAAGGAAACUAUUCAGCAGUUGGAAGGUCGUCUGGUAAGACAGGAUCAUCAAAUCAGGGAACUCAUCGCUAAAAUGGAGACUCAGAACACUCACAUGGCAGAACUCAGACGUACUAUCCGAAAUUUGGAGGGAAAGAUUACAGAAAUGGAGGCCCAGCAAUGUAAUGGUAUUUAUAUCUGGAAGAUUGAGAACUUCAGUGGACUGCAGAAAGCCCAGGAAGAAGAGAGACCCGUGGUGAUGCACAGCCCUGGCUUCUACACGGGGAAGCCUGGCUACAAGCUGUGCCUGCGCCUGCAUAUCCAGUUACCAAACGCUCAGCGCUGUGCUAAUUUUAUCUCUCUGUUUGUCCACACUAUGCAAGGGGAAUAUGACAGCCACCUGCCCUGGCCUUUCCAAGGCACCAUACGAYUGUCUAUUUUGGAUCAAUCAGAAGGCCCAGAAAGGCAGAACCAUGAAGAGGUGAUGGAAGCCAAGCCAGAGUUGCUGGCCUUCCAGAGACCGACAAUUCACCGCAAUCCAAAAGGGUUUGGUUACGUGACUUUCAUGCACCUGCAGAACUUGAAACAGAGAACCUUCAUCAAGGAUGACACGCUCCUGGUGCGCUGCGAAGUUCUGACGCGCCUGGACUUGAACAGUGUCCGCAGGGAAGGCUUCCAGGCCCGCAGUACUGAUGGAGCCAUGUAGCCUGUAAGUCUUAACCAGAGGAAUGGAACCUAAUUUUUUUSCAUACUGAUUACAAAAGUGCUUCAUUCUCCACAAAGGCUGUAAAGAUCAUAGUUGCCAACAUAGUUGAUCUUCAGCUGAAUGGAACUUUGUUGUUGCUGGUAUAUUUUUUUUCUGUAUGAGGUCAUAUGUGUUUAAAUAUUUGGUAAAGUUCUCUCUUAAAAUAAGCUACUUCUGUAGCAAGCUAGAUAAAUAAAGUGUUAAUGAAAACUUAACUGCCUGCAGGAAAAYCCUAUUGCAGAACCUGUGCAUCUCAGUUUGGUAAAAUGUCCAUCAUAUUGAAUAGACCUGUUAAUUCUUUUCACCUUAGUGCCUUGGAAUAGAUGCUGUUGCAAGGAAGUAGURUAAUUAAUAAAGAUUAGAAAUUUUUUCAUUUGUUUUUUUUCACAGAGCUUGGGAAAGUUGAAAGAGUUUCUAUAUUGACUUAUCUAUAAUUCUGCAUUGGUUAUGUGUCUCUUGAAGUUUGAAGUCAAGAUUAGACUUUGUUCAUGUCACCAAGGGUUCAGGUAUGCUUGGACCCUUUCCUCUUGGAGAAUUAGCUUCAGGAAGUUGCAUGUUGACGUAGAGUUGAUGCAGAGUUGAUGAUGGUACUUCCAAAAGAUGUGAGGUAGUGUUGUGGAGAAAGCUAAAUGACUGUGAGCCAAGUUCACUCAAGAAAUAUUUGUACUGCUGUCUGAAAGUGCCUCCCUAAUUCUCUUCAUAAAUCUUUCUCUAAGUGUGUUCACUAGGCCCAGAACAUCAGCCACGAUCACCAAGAAAUGUAAAAGUUUAGCAUUUGAAUGAAAUGCCUUUGUGCUGGUGGGAYCUCCUAGUGCUGGACAUGUUUCAAGUUGUGAGUGGACACAUGAGCAAAGGCAUGUACUAACCAAAGAGGGUGAUGCAGAAUUUGUUUUACUGUUGUUGAAACCUGAAUUUGUACCAAAGCUGAACUUUGCAUCUGCUCAGGAGAUCUCAGUGUUGUGGGUGAUGUACCCAAGUCAUCCCCUAUGAAUUCUCUGUCAGCAGCUGGCCAGAUCAGCAUCCAGCUGCUGUGGGUCUUUCCUGUCCCUUUAGACAGCAGGAGCUGGACCAACUCAGCAAUUUGGAUGGUAAGGAAAGCCUAACUCAGCAAUGUGAGGAGAAAUUGUAAUCCUGUUUGCUUUUAGGAAGAAAAUCUGGCUUCCAUAGUUACUGAUUUACCAAACACUAGAUUCACUGUGUCAAAGAUUCAUGAGGUUCCUACUGUGCAUAUUAUUGUUUCUUGUACUGACUGAUUGUGUGCCAUGUAAAUGUUAGUUUUGACCAGUCAAAGCUGAAUAGUUCAAGUUCACUGGUGCUAAAAAUUUUAAAUUAUCAUGGUGCUGAUACUGAAUCUUGUAUUUAAAAGGAGGGAAGAAAAAAGUUCUGUGGACCCCAUAACACAAGUAUACAAGUUCUAAUACUGAAGAAAAAAUUAAACAAUGCAUGAGCUUAUGUGUAUUAUUGAUCCAAGCUAGUGAAACAACCUAAAGACUGGAGACACUGCAGUUUAAGAGAUACUGAAGAGUGUUCCAAMUGUUUGGCCUCAUCACAGCAAUACCAGUGGGGAAAGGGCACAUUGCUUAAUGUAUACAGGACUAAAGAAAGACUACUAUGCUUUAGUGAUUUGGAAGGAUACUCUGCCUGCCUCUGUGAGAUGUGAAAGUUCCAGGACCCAACCUACCACUUUGUUCAUCAUAUCCAGAUGAGUAAAAUUUCUUCUCCAAGUAGAACCUAUUAGAUUAAGAAGAAUUGUGUUCAGUGGAGUAUURUCACUCCUGAAACAUGAUCUUCCUGGCUAAUGGUGAAUGCAUGUAGUUGCUGGUUACUUCAGUGUAUUUUCUGUCAUUAGGGCACAGGCAAGCAUUUAUUACUCAAAACAGGGAAAGAUCUCUGCUUUAAAACUGAAGAUUUUAUAAUGAAUAGCCUCAUCCUCUCAGCUGAAUUGUUCUGGAGUGUUUUCAGUUGGAACAUUUUCAGUAGUUAGGCCAUCCUUAACCAACGUCCAUGGCAGUGCAGAGACCCACUCUACACAGAAAGCACUGUACACUAGUUCUCCAUUCAGGCUGUUAGCUAACCACGUUUUUUCAGGAUGCUGAAAGACUGCCACUCUCUUUUGUCCCCCUUCUUUUUGGGGGGGCCAGCAGGGGAGGAGGGGAAGGCAGUCAGAAGAAACACUUGUCAUYUGAGAGCUUCUUGCUCCAGGUUCUUUCUCAACCCUAGUGUUAGUAAGAAGAAUGUCCUUAUUCUCUGUUCAGAUCAUUUAUACCCAAGACCCACUAAAUGCAUUAACACUUUCUUUGGUUUUGAAGAUUUGCUUUCUGAAUGAAAUUUCUGCUCUAAGCCUUAUCUGCUCAAUCUGAUGUACUCUGCYUCUGAGGAGACGACUCCCUUUGGUGGCAGGGUUUAAAUGAUUCAGGUAAAUAUUGUACAGUAGCACAGCCAAUAACCAAUAGAAGGCUACUGCAUGUAUAAUACUGUAUUGGCCACAGUGAUGUGGAUGCUUCAUUCACUGCUGCUGUUUCACUGGUUUUCUAUUUUUAUAUUACCAACUAGAACUCUGAGUGAUGUCAAAUUACUGUAAGGCCAGAGUAUUACAUAAGAGAGUGUCAGAGCUAAUUUGCUAAGCAUCAGUUAAAUCUCACUGUCAUAAAAAGAUUGUAAAUGCUAACGAAAUAUUUAUUCAUGUACUUGUUCCAUUUUCCUCUUUCCCCUUUCUCCAUAUCUCUUCUUUUGAGAACUUGUUUAACCCUGGUGGAUUGAGGUAUAAUUGCUAGAACUACUUAAAUGGAAGGAGAAAGGUCUGCAGCAUUGAGAGCUGUCUCUAAAACAAAUACAAAGAAUAUGGAGAUUUAACCCCUGUCCUGUAUAACCUGUUCAGCAAUGGGGUUUAGUUCUGUAACUCAGUGCUUUGCAGCAUUACUAGAUCUUCAUGUGGUUUUAAAAGUGGCUUAGCUUCUUUUAUCUUCCAAAUUUCUGUUGUCUUUAGCACGUUUUAAAUAACCCACUCAGUAURUGUAUUUGCAAAGCUGCUAUGGCACAAAUUUUCCAAUUAUAAUAUAUUAUGAACGUGUUAUCUCUUUGCCUCUGAAUGUCUUACCCUGCAGGGCAGGGAAAAUUAUUUUGCUAAAAAUGUUGGUAUGUAAUGUAUAUGUGGGAGCUCAGAUAAUGUGAGAUGUAUAGAGUUGGUUUUUAAGUGGUCUCAUGAUAUGGCAGGUUAUGUUUGCUAUCAAGGGAUUCAGCUUGCUAAUGCAUUGAAAUCAGGAUGACUUUUCUGUUCUUAUUUAGAGAGGGCAGCAGACCAGAUACAUGGGUGAUGAAUGCAAAAGAUUAUUCUGUGUCAGUGUUCAAGGUUUGUAUUGGUUUGCAUUUGAGCAGAAUGAAAGUACUCCUGUUCCCUUGGAUGUAUUGGUAGUUUAAUAUAUUUUGUAAUUAAUGCACAACUAUAUUUCUGACAGAAUGUUUAAAAAUAAAYGAAUUAAACUGUGCACUGCAUGUUGCAUCUUUAUUCAUAUGGAGGGAUAUUCAAAAAAAUUACCUGAUACAAGACUGCUGUGGUGAUUUCUGUUUUGUGGGUUUCAGAGUUGGCUAGUAUUACAUAGCACCAAGAAGGCAAAGAAUGUAUUUCAARAUAAAA